AUGAACGACAUGGGUAUGUAUAAUUUGACGGAGCUUGGGAAACUUGUGUUUAUCAAUUACCUUUGCAGUCAGUCUUGCAGAGAAAACGGAGGAUAUGCCUUAGCUAAACAGGCCUCGACUAAUCCCUGGAACAAGAAUUGUUUUUGCCAAAAAUAAGCCGGUAUAAUCAGGCAUCACCAGCAGCCUUGUGGCUAGCAGGUUAGCGCUAUGCGAUAGGCCUUAACAGCAGCGAUAGUGUGUUUCUAAACUUUGUUUUACGGAGGACAAGGGGGAUUUUAAAAAUCAUUACUUGUAAAACAGCUGUUUGGUCAUUUUGGCUGUCAGUUAGCAUGUCCGUGUGAAUUUGAGGUAAAGAUACGAACGGUAAGCUGACGCUCAGCCGUUUGGGAAUACAGACUGUGAACGUUUCAACAAACAAACAAACAAACGAUCCAACAAACACAAAAGUAUAAAAUAAAUCAAACUUGCACCGUGUUAAAACACCGGAAAACACUCAGACGUUUUAUCAGUCAUACACAACACAAGCUCACAAUGCUAGGAGUAUGUGCUUGAGUCUUGUAUUUGAUUUGAUGGCACAGGACAGCGGUGUUUGUCAAAGAACCAACGUAUGGUACAGAUGACCAUGUUAAAGACACUGAAGUGUAGAGUGAGAUGCUGUGCCGAGAGUGCCUUUCAACAGGGGCGUAUCCAGACUUUUUGGACCAUGGUGGCCCAACAUGGGCAGCAAUGACUCCAACAAAGUGUCCACAGAGUCUGUAGUUCGAGGUGGCUAAUGUUGGACCGCACCUCUAGAUCCCUUGUGUUUAACCCUUAAGAGUUAGAAUUACACUUGAUACUUGAUACUUGAUACAACUUGAUACAAACAAAUGGUUACAGUACACACAAAAAGUUCAAUCCUUGCGUUUGGCACUGAAGAGACAGGAUAUAACACUGACUCUGAGGUGAUGGCAUGAAAGCACACACACAAAACAAAUGGAUGGCGUUUAUUUACCUGUUCAAUCAAUCAAUCAAAUUUUGUUUAUAUAGCGCCAUAACAGUCGUCAUCCCAAGACGCUUUUCAAAGAACAAGAGCAGGUCUGGACCACGCUCAUUGUUUUAUGAAUCAUCAAGACCCAACUGAAGAUGGGAUUUGGCCCAUCUCAUCUAACAUGAGUAACAGUGGCAAGGAAAAACUUCCUUUUAACAGGCAGAAACCUUGGGAAGGACCAGACUCAUGCCAGACAGCCACCAAGCCCCUUCUGGGUUGGGGAGGAUUACAGAGAGAUAGGGGGAAAGAGAGAGAGAGAGAGAGAGGAGUGGAGAGAGGGCAGGGGGAGAAAAAGACAACAAGAUAGAGGGAAGGAGAGAGAGAAUGAGUAAGGGAGAGGGAGGGAGAGAGAGACAAGGGACAGCAGCAACAUCAAAACAACAACAACAGCUCAUGUAAUGGUGAAACAAAACUGAAUUCAGUUUACAGGGUGAGGAUUUGUGUAAUGUUCUGUCUCCACUUAUUAUCUGUUUUAAUUAUAUACUAUUGUAACUAUCACAAAGUUGGCUUAGCAAUGAACUGUGAAAUAGCUACUAACUGAGAAUUUCCUAGUUUGGGAUCAAUAAAGUAUAUCUAGCUAUCUAUCUAACUUCAGUAAUCAAUAACUGUUGAGAUAAGAUACUCCUUUAUUAGUCCCACAAGGGGAAAUUCCCAAAUAGUAUUACUCACUAAUACUCUCUGCAAUAACUGUAAAUACAUGCACCAAACAAAGACCAUUAAUGUGUCUGUUCACUCAUACCUGCACUGUGCAAAACAGCUCAUUUAACAACUUGAAAAUAACUAUUUUAUUGAUUCAAUUAACAUUUACUGUCAGUUGGUAAAAGUAGCCAGUGCAGCUUAAUGCUGGCUAAUGCCCCAGGGCCUCAUUUAUAAAGCUUGCUUAAGCACAAAACCGGGCUUGGAAGUUCGUACGCAACUUCUUACGCAAGAGUUGGGAUUUAUAAAAUAAAUUUUAAAAACCUAGCGUAGGAAUGUGCGCAACUUUAAGCAAACUCCACAACUUGCUUACACACAUUUUGAAGACAAUUGUGACAAGGUGAGAAAGACUGGUUAAUGGAAGUGCAUAUAAAUAGCCAUGCAAUGCCAGCGGUGCGCAGUGCGGCACAAUGGAUGCACUUGUGCUUCUUGAAGACCAUUCCAAUGGACGGAUCUGACUGGAGAGGGAGUUCAGAGAUCUGGAAGAUUGCACUUUUCAGCUUUUCGGCUUACAUAAACUUUUAGUAUGGCUCCUACGCCAGGUUUUAUAAAUGAGGCCCCCGGUCAUUUAAAUUCCAGCAGGCAGCUAGUCUAGAGGCUAUGAAAACACUCAGGAAACAGUCAAGAUUGAGCCCAUAGCCUAACAGCAUGCUGGAGGAGCUGGUCUCCCUAAAUAUUUUCAAAAGCAGUUUACAUCAGGCUGCAGAUGCUUUGAAUAAUGAUUUCUGUGAUAUGGCCCAGAACAUGUUACCAAAUUUUAAAUGGUGUGUUUUUGUGUCUGUAACUUUGUUGGAACAUGCUUCUGCUGUCUUGACCAGGACACAAGUAGUCAAGUAUUGAAAGUAUUGAGUGUUGAAAAAUCUAACAUGACAUGUUAACAGAUGUUUCACUUCAUUAACAUCAACAAAAUCCACGUACCUCACAAAUGAACUCUCUGCAUGUCUCAGCUUUUACAUUAUUCAUGGCUGUGAUCAUCAUUUGUUUGGCAACAUAAUUUCUCUGCAGAAUUCAACGUGCCUCUGUCCUCGCUGGCCCUCCUGGUGCCUCCGCUUCGCCUGAUGUCAGCAGUGAUGUGGGAAGUGGUUCGCCAGCGGAACAUAAAGCACUAUGGGAAGCUGGAAGAGUUUGUGUCCAUGGUAACCGAUGCAGUCCCUGAACUGAUGAGUAAAAGAGAAGGGAGACUGCUCUCAUUGGGUCUGAGGGCAAGGGUGAGUUUUGAGUCAUGUGUUGACUGUCACAGAUAUUAUAGCAAGGAUUCAAAUAAUAAAUCUAGAUACUGAAUUCCUUAACCCGUAGACAACCCUUGAAUUGCUGCGCUCUGAACAUCCUGAAGACCUCAAGGCUGUUGAGACUCACCUCAACAGAAUCCGGACUUCUUGUAUCGAAGAGGUUAGUGUUUUUAUUGAUAGGUCUUGGAAGUGAUAGGAUUGGUAAUUCAUAACUACUUAUACAACCAAAGUUAAUAUCAAUGAGCAGAAUUUUUUUGUUCAGAAAAGACAGUAAAGUGGACGACAUUGCUAAGGGCUGUGGAAAAUUAUCUUUUAAUCUUUUUUUUUUAAUCCAGACAAAUGAUCCAGUGAUUGAAGCACCAGAGGCAAACUUUAUGAAGCUGGUACAAGGCCUCAUUGAAGAUACUGAUGGCAGAGAACACUUCCUCAAGGUCAAAAUUAAGAUAAAAUCUCAAUUAUAUUUUUUAUGGGAAAAUCACAUCAUCUGUCUUGAGUUCUGAUGUUUUUUUUUAUCCAGUCCAUUCUUUCAACAAAUGUAAGACAGUGAAUAUAUGUGAUUAUAUUGUGAUGCCACAUGCUGAGGUUUUUCCAUCCAACAGAAUGUGUUUCCAGUGGAGUAUGGCCCUGACUUUGACACCGCUCUGGAGACACUGGUCAGUGAGUUCUUCACAAGACUUGAGGAGCUUUUGCCAAUUCCAGAUUUCAAACAGGUGAAUAGGGGAUUCCCAAAAGAUAGGAAAACAGAAAUGACACAAAGAUAUCUCUUUUGAAUUAGACAGAGUGGAUGGGGGAUGAAGCCUUAUGAGGCUCUGGGGCUUUCUUUGAAUUUGUGCUGAAAAAGAUCCAAAGCUUCGAAGCUUUAAACUUGGCAAACAACGUGAGUCUGGUGGCUGGCAGCCCUAUUAGUGACACGGCUCAACAAACCUGUUGUGUACUUUCGGCAUUUAGUCCUUACUUGUAUUUGCAGAUAUCAAACAUAAGUUAACACAUUUGUAUUUGAGUGAGUAGCCUACUUUCUUACUUUUAUUGGUCACAUUGGUAACACAUGCUCUGAACUGUCAGGCUGAAUCAAACAUUUUUGAAGAGCUGGUAAUAUUUAAAUCUUAAAAUGUCACCAGUCGUGUGACAUUUCAUUUUCAAUACAAUCUUGGACACUAGAGACUUAAGCUAGGUAGUUCAUUCAAGUAAUCCACGCUACAGGGCUCUGGUAUCAUAUACACAUGUCUACAUGAAACUCAGAAUCCGUUUCUCUAUGCCUGUCUUGUGUAGACUGCGUCCUGGAUCAGUGCUGCCCCUGCCGUCCUAGAGGAAUACAUGCAGUGUGUGUCAAAUGGGGAUGACCUGAAAUUUCUUCUCCAGAGCAAACAGUGUCAUGGAAAGUUGGCAAAAACAAGUGUUGGUAUGUACACAGCCAGUAUUUCUAUAUAAAGACAUCUCAAGUGUAAAUCAGACGUUUUGCCGCAACACAAUAUUUUAUUCAACUCUUUGGAUAACAUGAACAUGAACAACAUGAACAUUUCUAAUGUUUCUGCCUGUUAAGAGGCAGUAUUCAUUCGAUUAAACUCAGGAACCCUUUCUGCAGUACACAGUACUCAAAACUGAAACAAGACUACUAAAGUACCAAAAUCACAUUUUAAUAUAUUGAUGUCAGGGCAUCAUGUUCACUAUAUGUACUAUCAUGUUUGCAAAAGUUUUUUGGAGGUGUGCCUUGUGGGCUGCGUUAUUGAACACUACAGAGCCAUCAUAGAAGAAGUGGCAAGUAAUGUUAGUGAGUGGCCCAAUACUAUUAAGCUUUAGGAGUGUUGUAAUGUGCACACAAACGAGACCUGAAAUAACUGCAGCUGAGUACUUUUGUUUUCCUGAAACUCACUUGUUUGUGUAUCUGAUUGUUGUGUUUUUAUGAUGCAGGGCUGGUCUGAUAUUGACAUGCUACUGUUAAGCUGAUGUUACAUAUCCCAUACAAUACAAUGAAACAGCUUGUGCAUUUCAAACCAGUGGACUAGCCCGCUAGCUUUUAUGCUACUAUGUCAUAUUUUGUACUCCUAAAAAGAAAUCUGGUCACUGAGGUUCAUUGAGGUCUGAAGUUUACCCUUCCUUACAUGACAUUGUUUUGCAGCAAUUUUGCAAACAGAUUUAAAGGGUCGGUGUGUUCACUGUCAGACUCUACUCCAUAGGCAAAGUAGCCCCAAAGGGGGGACUCCAGCAAGUGGUUCUGUUCUCCAGCUCAUGGUGUGGAAGUAUUCUUUUGGAAGAUGGCUCACUGCAGUCCUGGGUAGUGGACACCCUUUGGCAGAGGCAUUGCUUGUCUCUCUCAUUGAAAGCUGAGUCAAAUGUUGUAUAAACAUAGAUUACCAUCAGGGGCAACUCCUUAAGGUCCCACUAUCUGAUGUGCCUUCUCAGUUGAUACUGCCACCUUGUGGAGAUUCAGGUAGCAAGCUUUAUUCACUUACAUGAGAAAAUGCUGCUUUAUUUGAGCUACACUGGACCAUUUCACCCAAAGAAAAUACUGAACUUAAAGAAGUUCUAAAACCCUACUGUUUAGAAUAAAAGAAUACAAAAGGUAUAGAAAUGUCAGUAUUCCUUGUGACUCUGUCUUUAGCCCAUUUAAAUCUUGAAUUUGAAUUUGAAGUUUGUUUCUAAUCUUUCACACACUGAAAUAUAUAUAUAUAUAUAUAUAUAUAUAUAUAUAUAUAUAUAUAUAUAUAUAUAUGUCCAUGUAUAUUGUUUGGUAUUAUCUAAAAGGAGAAAAAAUUAUCAUGGUUUUUACAGUGUGUCAAGUUGAAUUAAUUUUUAAAACUUGAAUUGCUGUAUCAGUCCAUCUAGACCUGUUGCCGAGGAGUACUGAAGGUGUUAGGUUUGAGUCAUAGUUUUAAAUCACUGUGUGGUAAUGAUCUUCUCAUAUUCUCUUUGCAGCUCCAUUUCAGUCGGAUGAUCUGCUCAUCCCCUCACUGUGUCUUCCUCCGUCGCUAGAAGUGGCAAUUGCUUCUCAUCCAAGUGCAUGUGAUGACGACAAUAAUGAUGUUCCUCAGAUUGUCAUGUUUGAUGAAGAACUGUCCACAAACCCUUCCACAUCAGCCGACUUUCCUGAAUCACCAAAAAGAACAGACAUGCCGUCUUCUCCUCGCAGAAGACAGACCUCAGGGCUGCAUAAAUGCCCCGAGUGCGACAAAUGCUUCAAGCAUCACUCAGUCCUCAUCGAGCACCAAAGAGUCCACAGUGGGCUACAGCCAUACAACUGCUCUGAGUGUGGGAGGGCGUUCAGGACAGCCACUCUGCUGGCUGGUCAUAGGCUGCGCAAAUGCAAAAAUGCAGCAUAUCUAUGCAUCAAAUGUGGGAACAGUUUUCCAACCUCACUGGAUAAAUUCAGACAUCACUGUCCAAAGCGAGGCCGAAACUAUGAUUGUGGCCACUGUGGGAAGAGUUUUCAGAAGUCAAGCAGUUUAAAAGAACACGUCUUAACCCACAUCCAGAGCCGACUUUUCAAGUGCAGUCACUGUGGGGUCGGCUUUUCAGGAAUCGGUGACCUGAAAUAUCAUCAGCAGGUGGAUCAUGAUAAACCUUUCCAGUGUAAACAGUGUGGAAAGAGCUUUAUCUCCUCUAAGUGUCUAACCAAACAUCAGCAGAGGCACGAAGAGCUUGGUGACAUGGAGACGGACAAAUUAAUGAGCGGAGGUAAACAUAGGAAGGUUAGCUCAGCUCAUCGGACUUCCUCCUCAUCUCUGUCCUCCAGGAAAACCUCCAUCAAAAACAUCUACCCUAGAGGCCGAGUCACACACAACUGUCCGCUGUGUGGGAGGAGCUUUAAGUACCGCUUUGAAUUUCUGGAGCACCAGAGGUUCCACACAGCGGUGAAGCCUUAUAAAUGCUCUCAGUGCGGUAAAGCUUUCCGAACAGAAGCUCACCUGUCCGGUCACAGAAAGAGGAAGUGUAAAAAUGCUGCCCACAUCUGCACCAAAUGUGGCUGUCAGUUCAGGUCUCUGCAUGAGCGGGUCAGACAUCAGUGCGUCCAGCUGCUGACCAAAUAUGAGUGUUCUCACUGUGGGAAGACGUUCAAGAUGGCUCACCUGCUGAGGAACCACCAGAUGAGUGACCACCAGCUCCCCUACAGCCCCAACCAUCGCUUCAGGUGCCGAUACUGCGAUGAGACAUUCCCUGGCAUUAGUGAACUCAAGUAUCAUCAGAGAGUUGAUCAUGAGAAACCGUAUCAGUGUCAGGAGUGUGGGAAGUGUUUCCUGUCUGAGAAAUGCCUCAACAACCACGAGCUGCGCCACAAUGAUGACCGCCCAGAGAGCUGUUUGGUGUGCGGCCGUGGCUUCAGAAACCGCUACGACCUGAAGCAGCAUAUGCGCACACACACAGGGGAGCGACCAUACCAGUGCACCCACUGCUCCCAGUGUUUCUCCACAGCAGGAGGCCUGAGGAGCCACACCCGGGUUCACACUGGAGAGAAGCCACAUGUUUGUCCUGACUGCGGUAAAGCUUUCUCCCAGAUGGGUGCAAUGCGUACCCACAGGCUCACCCACACAGGAGAGAGGCCGUUUAAGUGCACAGUGUGUGGAAAAGGUUUCACCAUGGCACACAAGGUGACAGUCCACAUGCGUGUGCACACAGGAGAGCGGCCGUAUGUGUGCUCACAGUGUGGGAAAGCCUUCUCCGAUGGGAGUGUGUUGAAGCAGCACAUGCUGAACCACUCAGGGGUCAGACCGUACCACUGCCAGAUCUGCCCCAAGACCUACACCUGUCUAAACCACCUGAGGAGGCACCUGAAGAGUCACUCCAAUAUGAACUGA